AUGAAGCUAAUGUGGUGCACCUCACGAAAACCUACUGGAUGCAUCAAAAACACAAGGAUUUUAAAUGAAGGUGCUUUGAGGGAUAAGACAACAGGGGCGUGCGGCUUCCGCACGUAAUUGUUCGCUAUGAAUUUGAUGGUGACCCACACCCAAUCAAAUGUCAACGCCAUAAAAAUGCAAAGAAAAGUGAGAGGUGUUACUACCACAGUAAACCAAGUACUCUAGACGCAAUCAAAGAAAAGGUGAAAACCCGCAAGGGACCCACUCAAGUGUAUGACGAGGUUUUUGAGGAUGCGAGAGGUAAUAUAUAGAUUUAGCCAGGCCAAAAGCGAGGCUCCUAUAUAUUAACUCGAAUUUAUAAUUUAAAUCAAACCAUAAACUUGUUUUCCACAAUUCAGUUAACUUUAGAGCACAUUCAUGUGACUUUUGAGGGAAAGGUUAAGUGAUUUUAGAGGAAAGUAAUUUGCAAACAGUCCAAGAGUGAACUUAAUCUUACAUCGAGUUGAUAGCCUUAUAUGUACACCCAAAAAAUAGCAAUCAUCUUCGAUCACGUUUAAGACCAUGGGCUCUUGAUCACAGUAGAUUAGGCCUGGAAAGCAAAUUCUUGGACAACAAAUCAAGCCGAAUUUUUUGCGUUCGACAAGUUUACUUAACAAAAUCUUGCUAACAAGUCUUGGGACGUGUAACCCAACCUUUUAUACUUUUUAUACAUCACAUCUGCGGUGAAACAAUACCAUGAGGCCCUGUUUUUAUCAUACAGACCUCGGAAAGAAUGCAGUAUUUCACAAUUUUGCAAUACAAAUUUCACUCACUCAAUAUUCAGCACGAUCGAAGCACAUGUGGCCAAUUCUCACUUUUAACAAACGCCAAAGUCGACUGUUUAAAUUAUGAUUAAUAGAGUUAUACACUUCAACAUAAUAUAGAAUUUAUUAUGUUUAUUUUUGUAACGAUGUCUAAUCGCCAAAAGCGUUUGAUAGGCAUGGCAUUUUGACUACUCCUGCAUGCAAGCGAUGUUCAUGAGCGACUGAAAACAAAUGGCACUGCGAUAAAAAUUGCAAAACAGACUACUAACAAUCAAUAAGAGGAAAAUAAUGCGGUGAAACAUAUACAGAGACAACAAUUUUCAUUCACGAAGACAAGUACUAAAAGUGUCGCUGAAAAUCCUUGUUUAUGUUUUUCAUUUUGUAAGCCGGCUUCCCGGUGCUUUUUCAAAGAUGAACUUGAGGCAAGAAAAUCGCUCAAAGCUUUCGUUUACAGCCAGAAUUAUAACUAAAUGUUCUUUGGAACUUUUUCUUUCUAUUUGCGGUGAGAAAAUGUCUAAAGGCUUUUUAAAGUUCUAUAAGCUUAUAAUCAAACCUGAUACUCGGUCAUAUCAUUGUCUCAAAUCUUACAAUUAAAAACAUGCAUAAACUAAAUAGCCGCAUAAACUAUGCUCGACUUUAUUAAAUUAGAUAUAAAAAAACAAACGUCAAAAACAAUAAUUACUCAGGCUUACCAUUCGAGAUGCACUGAAAACUAUCAAGUAAGGCCAGAAUCGCUUCAGACUUUUCAACCCUCUUACGCAUCAAGCAAGGUGAAAAACGCAAACAAUGCCGUCCGAAAUCGGAUUUCCGACUUUGACAAGCAAUGUAUUUUUCAACCAAAAACCCAGUAAACAAACUAGCCAUGAAUAACAGAAGACUCUUGAUAGCAACUGAAUUUCAUUUUGUACAUUCAGUGGAAAAGACAGUUAAAAACAUCACAAGUUGACACAAAACUCUGUCAGCUUCAGCAAAGUAAACAAGGUUCAAGAUGCUGGAUAAAUUUUCCGCAUGAACUCACCUGUCAAAUUUUGACCAAUCAGAGCAUAAGACUUGGACGUAGAGCGUGACCAACGCGUGACCUUGGUGAGAAAAGUCAAAAGCAACUGGCAUGUCUAAUUUAAAAAAAUAAACUUGAGCCUGCGAUCAUUAGAAAACUAGUAACUUGUCAGCGGAUAACUUUAAAAAGAUAUUCCACCUCGAUGGGUCGACACCUGAGCCUGCAAUACGGUCAGGUGAUACUGGUCAGCGGAUACCCUGUUUUGACAGCUGUCAAUUGAUCACAACAUUGAUGUGCAAUAUAUGUGUGCAAUAUCAGUCUUUCUGUGCUCCCAAACUGGCUAGAAAGUGUGAGGAUUAAACACUGGUUUCCCUGUGGUGUGGGCGGACGGGCGGGCGGGCGGGCGGGCAGUGUACGGUCACGUGAUUACCAAAUUUUCUGGGAUGGGUAGAUUUACUUGUCCAUGGUGCUCCGCAGGCGCGCUACCAGAGCUUCGCUAUUAUGGCAUUUACAUCGCAUGGUGACCUACCGAAAAGCAGACAGCAGGUAACUGAUGUUAAACGAAGUCUCAAAUCUCACAAAGACAAAGACCAAGUUGCUGAGCUAAUUAAGAUGUCCCGUGUUGAAGCAAAUGAUUCUGCACCAUUUAUAAGACGAGUGCAAGUUAGUCCUGAACCAGCGUGUCUAUUACCCAGCAGCAGGCAACUGAACGAUGUAGGGCGAUUUUGUACCGCACACAUUCUACCCCCCUCAGAUACUGUGCAUAGACACAACGUUUAA